AUGACUAAGAUUCAUAGAGGAAUUUCCUACACAGAGUCAUACUUUUUGAAAGAAUACAUUGACUUAAACACAAGUCAACGUGCAAAUGCUAAAAAUGACUUGGAAAAAGACUUCUUCAAAUUGAUGAACAAUGCAUGCUUCGGAAAGACAAUGGAGUCCGUGAGAAACAGAAAAGACAUUACUUUAGCUACAACUGUCAAUCAGCUUCGAAAAUUAGUCAAUUCGAACAACUACAGAUCACACAAAAUUUUCGGUGAAGAUCUAGUCAUGGUAGAACGACAAAAAGCAGAUGUCUAUUUGAACAAACCUAUAUUUAUUGGACAAGCGAUUUUAGACCUCUCUAAAAUACACAUGUAUGACUUCCACUAUAAUUACAUGCUAAAGAAGUAUCCUGGAAAAGCACAACUACUUUACACUGAUACUGAUUCAUUAGUAUAUCAUAUUGAAACAGAAGAUCACUAUGAUGAUAUGAAACACGAUGCUCACUUGUAUGACUUGUCUAAUUUUCCUAAAGAUCAUCCAUUGUAUGAUGAAACCAAUAAGAAGGUAAUUGGCAAGUUCAAAGACGAAGAGGCUGGCAAAGUGAUCAGUGAGUUUAUCGCUUUGAGGGCUAAAUUAUAUUCUUAUAUCACUGAUAAGGAUGAAGAGGUCAAAAAGUGUAAAGGUGUGAAGAAGCAAGUUGUGAAAAAUGAAGUCACAUUUGAAGACUACAAGUCUGUCCUUCUGAGUAAAAUCCCAAUCGAAAAAAGGAUGAAUGUGUUUAGGUCAAGAAAUCAUCAACUUUACACAGAGCAAGUUUCAAAGGUGGCUUUAGAUUCAAAUGAUGAUAAGCGAACAAUUUUACCAGAUGGAAUAAGUACAUUGGCACUAGGACAUUACUCGCUGUGUUCGUAA